AAGCACAGGGAAGCAUUGUAAAGCACAGAGAGGGCUGGUAAAGCACAUGGAGGCAUUGCAAAGCACAGAGAGGUAUUUGGUGUGAUAUCUCAGGUUGGCGUGGCUGAGCGAGUAAAGGGGCGGACCCGGUCGCAGUGACGCAGCUCAGAGGCUUGCACGGCGCAGUCAGUGGCUGUAGAAACAGAGGGAGAGAGAGGAAGCCGAGGCCCGGAUCGGGACCGCUCAUCGGGGCCAAGGCUUAAUUCAGAGGCAUGAGCAGCGAGGAGACCCAGAGCUGCGAUGAGAUAGCGUGCCUCGUCUAGCUAGAUCAACCGCAGAGAGGGGGUGGGGGGGGGGAUCUCAUCAGGGAGGAAAGAGGGGUUGCACAGCAAUACCGGCAAGCUAGCCGCAGCGGACAGGGGUACCCGGCCGGUACAGAAGCGCCGCGUUUAUUCCAGCCGGUUCAAUCAAGGCUGGUCGGAUUCGUUCAGUGCCGAGGACGGGUGUCCCAGACUGGGUCACUCUGCUGCUCCUCUCAUCAUGUCUUCCUCGAGGGAGCCCUGUCGCUCUGAUCUGUACAUCAAGGCAGAGCCGGACAGCCCUGAGAGCAUCGGCGGGGGGCACCAGCAGCACAGCCCCGGGGGCUCCUCGGACUCGGGGCCCCCCCGCCCCUCCCGGGAGCGCUGCUCCCCCCCCCCUCGGGCCCUGGCCAGCCUGCCCAGGAGACUGUGCCUGGUGUGUGGGGACACGGCCUCGGGCUAUCACUAUGGAGUGGCAUCCUGUGAGGCAUGCAAGGCUUUCUUCAAACGCACCAUUCAGGGCAGCAUCGAGUACAGCUGCCCUGCCUCCAGCGAGUGUGAGAUCACCAAGAGACGCAGGAAGGCGUGCCAGGCCUGUCGCUUCAUGAAGUGUCUUCAUGUGGGCAUGCUGAAGGAAGGGGUGCGUUUGGACCGGGUUCGAGGGGGCAGGCAGAAGUACAAGCGCAGACCGGAGCAGGAGAGCCGGGGGUACCAGGAGGGGUACCAGAGCACCCCCCCCUCACAGCCCCGCAGCAAAACAGCCCCCUGCUCCCAGGUGGUCUCGGUUCUGCUGGACUCCGAGCCGGAACCCCUGUUUGCCAUGCCGGACCCUUUGCUGCAGGACAGCCCCCUGAAGACCAUGAGCACCCUGUGUGACCUGGCCGACCGAGAGCUGGUCAGCAUCAUCAGCUGGGCCAAGCAUGUCCCGGGUACACUCCCUCUCUCUCUCUCUAUAGGAAAGAGAGAGGAACGUGUCUCGCUCUGUCAGAUGUCGUUCCUGCCGUCCCUGGCUCGAUGUUCUGGUUCUGUCCUGGCGUUCAAAUAAAGUCCCGUCGAUGAUGAGAUUGUGUGAGAGGAUUACGUGAUGGACGAGGAUCUGUCCCAGAGAUCCUGCCUGCCCCGAUCUCAACGGGGCCAUAACCCAACUGCCCCGCAAAUCCGGCGCUGCAAGCUGGACAUGGAGUAGUUCGUUCUGCUCAGGGCUCUGUCUCUCUGUCUCUCAGACUCGGUGCACAUUGAGGAGGUGGACGCUGUCCUCUCUCUGAAGGACUCUCUGCACGAGGCUCUGUUGGGGUACGAGGCUGGCCGGCACCCCGACUCCCCCCUGCGCGCGGGCGCUCUGCUGCUGACCCUGCCCCUGGUCCGGCAGACAGCCAGCCGCGCGCGGAGCACCUUCCACAGCCUCAAAGAGGAGGGGCGCGUGCCCAUGCACAAGCUCUUCCUGGAGAUGCUGGAGGCUGUCAUGGACUAGGGGACACACCCCCCCCCCCCACCCCCCCCCCCCC